GCACGUUCAGUCCGACGUCACGCUCUGUGCUUGGCAAUGCGCAAGCGCGGUGGCGCGGCUAGCGUCUGGAAGUGUCGCCAACAUGGCGUCUGAACGCAAGACUAAGUUAUCCAAGAACCUGCUGCGUAUGAAGUUCAUGCAAAGGGGCCUGGACUCGGAAACCAAGAAACAGCUAGAAGAGGAGGAAAAGAAGAUGAUCAGCGAUGAGCACUGGUACCUGGAUUUGCCAGAGUUCAAGGAGAAAGAGAGUUUCAUCAUAGAAGAGCAGAGCUUCUCACUAUGUGAAGAUCUUCUCUAUGGAAGGAUGUCAUUCAGAGGAUUUAAUCCCGAAGUUGAGAAGUUAAUGCUUCAGAUGAAUUCCAGGAACAAAGCAGCAGCAGCAGAAGAUGAUGAUGAGACUGUGGAGGUCGAUGUGUCAGAUGAGGAAAUGGCCAGAAGAUAUGAGACUUUGGUGGGAACAAUUGGAAAAAAGUUUGCCAAGAAGAGGGACCGAGCCAAUUACGAAGAAGAUGAAAAUGGAAAUAUAAAACCCAUUAAAACAAAGAAGAUGUUCUUAAAGCCCCAGGAUUAAAAUGGAUGCCUCUGAUACAGCAGGUGCCUGUGAGCACAGUGUGGUUUGCAGUCACCCUGUGGUGUCUGUAGUGGUUAAUACUCCAAUGUUUACCUGUAAAGAAGUGCAUAAUUUUGGAAAUGUGCUGUUCUUGAGACAGAUGUGUACUGGAUGUUAUACAUCCUUUUAGUGGCAUUCUUCAGGGUCUUCAGAUGUAUGGGCACAUGCCACUCCCUAGGUUUUGACCUGAUUUUGAUUGUGUGUGUGUACACACAGACAGGACACAUAUGAACAGCUCUCUAGCUAUUGUCCUGGAUUGACUAUUAUAAACUAAUACCGCCAUUGUUCCAACUGCCCUUAUAUUUAUAGUUUACGUUUUGAAUCAUGUCAAGCCAAUUCAUACAUUCACUUUGGACUCAGAUAUUUGGGAUCUUUCCAGAAGUGAUUCACCAGGAACAGAUAUGCCUCUCCAGCUGAAAUGUCUGAUGCUGCCGGGUUUUCUCAUCUAUAGUGGUAUGGGUUUUGUUUAUUUAAAGCAGUCACUUGGGUCAUUUUUCUAAUAUUCUGUAAUAAACAUGUUUUCUUAUA